GAGAUACUCCGUGUGGUGUCACACGAAAGACAGCAGCUGCUACUGUUGGCAGAUGACCACCGAACGGCCUGCGAGGCGGCCCUCGCGCGAAUAGCAGCGGCGGCCACGUCGGAGAGCGAAUCGAAAGGUAUCGCCCUGCCAGGACAUUGGCAGCUACAGCAGUACGAGCCACCUGAGACACUGGGUUCGCUCGCCUUGUCCACCGCGCCUACCCUUCAGCCGGAGGUGUCGGAAGCCGCAGAUCCAGUUCCGGAGCAUCCGGACACGAAGGAGACUGUGCCGCCUCUCGAGACGACGACGAGCUCAAAGGACUUGCUCCUGAAUGUGCGCAGGAAGCAGUCCGAAGGCAGCUGCAGAAGUCAGAUGAGCGUGGCCAGCGCGAUAACUCUCGCGGAGAUGACGCAAGCACGCAGAGCCGCCGCCAACGUGCAGUCGUUUGACAUGUUUGCUGCUGACAAUGGCGAGAUUGCUCCCGAGUCUCCCAGCGGCCGGGGAUCGGCAUCAAAGAGUCGUACUACGAACCCCUCGGGUGCGAUGGAUGUCUUCUUCUCGGAGAGCCAGGGGAGUGGCUGGCAUCGUUUCCAGAAUCGGAUCAAAUCCUUCAUCGACUACGGGGCCGCCGUGCUGGUGUUACUCAACUCAGUGGUUCUGCUCCUCGAGCUGGAGUUCGAGGGCAGCGCCAUAGGUGGAGCCCUCGGGCUCAUAGAAGGGCCAGACAUGGAGCAAGUCGAGCCCAUUUUUCGCUUGCUGGACCGGUUUUUCGUCUUCGUCUUCACACUGGAGCUCCUGAUGCGACUUGCAGUGGAAAGGUCGGAGUUCCGAAAAGAGUGGACCAACUGGUUGGAUGUGGUUCUCGUGGUUUUGGGCCUGGUCGACUUCUAUUUCAGCUUACAAGUUGAAUCGGGCGAUGUGGUUCCCAAAGACAUCGUGCUGCUGAGGCUGGUUCGGGCUCUGAAGUCCCUGCGCGCCUUUCGGAUGAUGCGAAGCUUCCGACUCUUUCGCGGGCUGCGCUUGCUGGUGAAAGCCUGCCAGUGCUUUUUGCCGUCGCUUUGCUGGGCCAUGGUGCUUCUUGGUGUGUUCAUGACCAUGGGAGCACUGGUCAUGGGGAACCUGCUGCAAAGCUUCCUCACCGAUGAGACCGCGAACUUCGAGGACAAGGAAGUCAUCUGGCUGAAGUAUGGGACCGCUUACCGAGCGAUGUAUACACUUUACGAGAUAACCUUCGCUGGGAACUGGCCAACGAACUCGCGGCCGGUCCUGGAAAAGGUCAGCCACGCCUAUGUUAUCUUUUUCGUUUUAUACAUUACGGUGAUUGCCUUCGCUGUGAUACGUGUCAUCAGCGCUGUGUUCUUGAAAGACACUCUCGACGCUGCUCAAAAUGAUGCAGAACACAUGGUCGUUGACAGACUGCGCAAAAAGGCGGAGUAUGUGGAGAAGUUGGAAAUCAUCUUCAGGGCCAUUGACGACUCCGGUGAUGGUAUAAUCACGGAGGCGAGGAUGAACGAGAUUCUCUCCAAUCAGAAGAUCGCGGCGUACUUCCAGACGCUGGAUUUGGACGUUCACGAAGGGGCAGCUCUAUUCCACUUGCUCGACAACGGUGAUGGUGAG